UAACUGGUUCUUAUUGCUGCCAAUUCAGCUUAAUUUCAAGCACAGCUAGCUUGACGAUGGUGAUUAAUGGCGAAGGAGGAAGAUAUGCUCUGCUGCAAGCAGUAAAGGAUUCUGACUAUGUGAAGAAAGUAUAUGGUGGAUACUACAAUCUCUAUAAAGAAGCUUUUGGAGAAGAAGGUGAGAGAUGGGAUUUGUUUAAAGUCUACGAGGGAGAGUUCCCUGACUUCAAUGAGCUUCAUAAAUAUGAUGGGUUUGUCAUCACUGGUAGUAUCAGUGAUGCUCAUGGAAAUGAUUACUGGAUCCUCAAACUUUGUUUCAUGUUACAAACUCUUGAUGCCAUGGAGAAAAAAGUUCUUGGCGUUUGCUUUGGUCACCAGGUACUAUGCAGGGCUUUGGGUGGAAGGGUAGGUAGAUCAAAAACAGGGUGGGAUAUUGGCAUAAGACAAGUGAAUUUUGCGAAAGAUCUAGCUCCAUGUAGUUACCUAGAGCGCCAUGAAAUGCCAGCAACACUCUCCAUAGUUGAGGUACACCAAGAUGAGGUUUAUGAGAUUCCUCUAGGUGCAGAAGUUAUUGCGUCAUCAGACAAAACUGGGGUGGAAGUGUUUGCAAUUGCAGAUCACAUUCUUGGAAUUCAAGGUCAUCCUGAGUAUACCAAAGAUACACUGUUUGAUUUGAUUGAUCGCCUUGUCAAUAUGAAUGCCAUAAAGAAAGGAUAUGGGGAGGAUUUGAAGUUUCGAUUCGAGUUAGCUGAACCAGACAACAAGUGUUGGGAAAGGAUCUGCAGGAACUUCCUCAAGGGAAAGUAGAGCUGGGGAACUCCUUAUAUGUAUGAAUCUCAAUUAGGAUUUGCAUUCUUUGUUAGAAAACUAGGGAAGGAUGUACGCCAUUUGAGGUCAAAUAUUUCUAUUGAAGGAAUCAA